UUUCUUCAUCUUCAUCCUCUCGUCUCGAGUUCACCAUCGCCGCCGUCAUCUUCUUUCUCUUCCAGCAAUUCCGUGAACCAAGUCCUUGAUAAUCGUUGGCCAUGGACCUGAGCAAGCCCAAAAAGAAGAAGCAUGUGUCGCCCGGGGUGUGCUAUCUGGGUAGGAUCCCUCCUCGCAUGGACCACAAGGUCGUUCGUCACUUGCUUUCUCCCUACGGCGAGCUCGAUAAGAUCUACCUUGUACCCAGAAACCCUUCUUCUUCUGCUCACCGUGACCGCCCCGGUAAACGCCAACUCCAGAGCUUUUCAGAAGGGUGGGUUGAGUUUAAAGACAAAAGGGUUGCUAAGAGAGUUGCUGGAAUGCUGAAUGGUGAAAAAAUAGGUGGGAAGAAGAGGUCAGUUUUCUUCCAUGAUCUUUGGAACAUCAAGUACUUGAGUAAGUUCAAGUGGGAUGAUCUUACAGGAGAAAUAGCUUACAAGAACGCCGAGCGGGAGCAGAAGCUAGCAUUGGAAAUUUCUGCUGCGAAGAAGGAGCAGGAGUUUUACCUCUCUAAGGUUGACAAGUCUCGUAAGUUGAAUGCCAUAGAGGAAAGAAUUAAGAAGAAACGGAAGGUCCAGGAGGAGUCAGGAACUACUAAUGAUGUGCCUGUUGACCAGCCACUGAGAGUAGUUCGCGAGUUUCGACAGAAAUCACCAGUUGCAGAUGGUGCUGCAGAAAAGAAACCGUCAGUCUCUAGAGAUCUAUUGGCAGGGGUAUUUGGUAGUUCUUAGUGCUCAACUGGAGGUGCUUGAAAGCCAAAAUCCGAGGUGUUUUGGAAUUGUGGAACUUGUUGUAGUCGCGCUUUAUUAUGGUUUUGGCAUAGUUCAAUUUUGGUUGUGAAGUAGGUUCUGUAUCAGGAUUACGAAUGCCAGCAUACAGUAAAAACUAUCUGUAACGUUCCAUUACUAAUCACCAUCUAUUAAUGUUCUUAUCAAACACAACUACACAAGUCUUAUGUGAACAUCAGCAGCUUCACUUCUCAAAAGAUUAU